AUGAAGUUUAAUUUGAAAAAAUAUAUGAGAAAUUAUACAAAAACUGUUGGAAAAUGGUCAGAAGUAGAUGAAAUAGUCAUAUUGGCUUUAUUUAUGCAGAGAAUGUUGGGUCAACAAAUACUAGACAAGCAAUGGACGUGGAAAAAUUAUUUCAUUCAUCAAAUUAUACAUUUUUCUAUAUUUGUAUACGUUUUCUUUGGUACUAUACAAAUUAUACAAACAACAAAUGAUAUAGAAUUAGUAGCGGAAGCUUCUUACACUUUAAUAAUAAUGACACAUUUCGCUUUAAAAAUCAUACUAUACAUAAAUAAUAGGAAUAUAUUCCGUAAGUUACAUUUUACGGCGAAAUCAACAAUUAUGGAAACUAUAAAAACAGAUUCGGAGAAAAAAUUCAAAAAUGUUCUUAAAAUUGGAUCAUCAGUUCAAACGUUUAUGUUUGUUAUAAUGUUAAUUCCAGUAUUGAUAUAUCAGUUUACAACAAUUUGGAAUUAUAUUAAAGGACAGAGAACUAUGUUGUCAAGGUCAACCGCACCUCUUAUGCCGAUGACGACUCCUUACUAUGAAAUAUGUUGGUUAUUGCACUCUUUCUUUCUAUUAGAAGUUUCGACAACAUUAAUAUUGGAUAUGUGGUUUAUUUUAUUAACCUUUUUCUUAUGCAAAGCAUAUGAAAGUUCAAUAAAAGAAUUAAAUGUAAUAAAGAAGAAAAAUGAAAGAUACAUUUCAUAUUCUUCACGUUUAUCGGAUUCGUUGCGUCAAUUUCACUCUAUUCAUGUUAAACUUAAUAGGUACUUAAUAGGCCUAAGAAAAAUGUAUAAAUGGCUUGCAUUAGUGCCACUAAGCAACGCAAUUAUGUGCACUUGUUUAAGCUUAUUAAUUAUGAGCAAGGAAAUCAAUUGGAGGUUCGCUCCUCACAUGGUUCCAAUGAUUGCUGAAAUAUUUACAUACAACUGGUUUGGAGAACAAUUAAAAACAAAGCUGACAGAAAUAAACAAUGCAAUACUGAACUUUGAUUGGACAGGUUUAAAUUUAAAAGAUAAAAAAUGUUAUCACAUUAUAUUGAUUUGUACCCAAAAUGAGUUUGGUAUUCAAACAGCUGUGGGGAAUGAGUUAUCUUUAAUUACUAUGACGACGGUGGCUAAAGUUAUUUACCAAGCAUUUGCUGUUUUAAAAACAGCGGAUAGUUAA